UUUUGCAAAUAAACUUGAUACUUUUUGUACGGCGUUUAAAUAUUAACAGGUACGAAAUUUCUUAAAACACUGAAAUAAUCAAUAUUGAAAUAAAGCUAGUCUUUGUUUAAGAAUUUUGCAAAAAAAAUUAUACUUUUUGUACGGCGUUUAAAUAAUAAUAGGUACGAAAAUAGAUUAAAACAAUUCUAAUUUUUUAUUUUUUACUUAUGUAAAUUCAAUCAACAUUGAUUUGAAAUUAUAAUAAUAAAAUUGUGCAUUAUGCCCGUUAAACAAGUCUUCUGAGCUUUACGACAAAAACUGCUCUCAGAGAGUAUUGUAUAAUGGACUAGACAGGAUACGUAUUACCUUUAAAUAACUUAUUGAAAUAAAACAACCACGAUAUACAAGAAAAUAUCUCUCGAACAUUUUUAUGUAUUUUGCAACAUCCUUUAAAACACACAAUUGAGAACUCGAAGGUAUGGUGAGUUUAGAGAAAAGUGUAUAUUUGAUGAAUAGACAGAAUUUUUUUCGCAGUUAUAACAUGUCUUCCAAAAGCAAAAGAUUAAAAUGCGAAAAAUAAAAAUACUUUUUAAGGAAUUAUAAGAAUAAUUAAAUGAGCAAUAAAUACUAUAAGAAGAUUAAUAUAAAAAAUAUAAAAAAGUUAUAAAAAAUACUAAAAAUAUAUAUAAAUGUGAAAAAUCAAUAAUUAGCAUACUACAGUCUGACGGGGCUAAAUCAUUACUAUUGAAAAAUAUUUAUGUAUCAAAAAAUGUGUUUAAUAAAAAAUUAAAUUGUUAAAACUAUGAAAAUAAAUGUUAAUUUAGAAUAUAUGAUAUGUAUAUUCUAAAAAAAUGAACACAAUUUUAAAUGCGCCGUGUUUAAUACAAUAUAUAAUUUUUAGUUAUUGUUUGUACCUUCGCCCGUUUUAAACCACCCUUGAAUUAAAUACAAUAAGAAAAGAACAGCAAAUAUGUAAAAUGGAUUAUUGCUGUGAACAGCAAAUAUAACUAUGCUUAUAAUGGCAAAAUAAUAAUAAAAGAAAAUAUUUUAAAUGCAAAAUGUAACUCCUAUAACUUAUGUGACAAAUCUGUACACAAGUCUUCCAUAUAUUGAAUAAAAUUAUAAAAUUAGUAAUAAUGACAAAGAUUAUAAAUUUUCUUUAAUGGAAUAUAAACCAUCAAUUUACAACAAAUAAUUUAAAAAAUAAUGUAAUUCAUUCAAACAUUAUUUAACCAUAAACAAACUGGAAACGAAUUAAAUACUAUGAAAUACAUUAAUAUGAAAUUAUUGUAUCUAUAAUUUAUAAAUCCAAUAUUAUUGGAACAAUAAAACAUCCAAUAAAAAACCAAAUUCAUUAAAAAAUAUAAAAUUAAAAGUUGAUAUUAAAAACUGACAUUUACAUACAAAAAAACUUAUUUAAAUAACUAAGUGUCCUUGAAAAUACUAUAUAAUAAACUUUUUAAAGGAUAUAUACGUAUGUAUGAAAACUUAACAUUUUAAAAAAUAUGAAAAAUAGACAAUUAUAACCAAAUAAGAUAUUCUUUGAUAAAACGUUAAAGAAUUCAAACCAAAAUUUAAAAAUAAGUAAUCAUUAAUCUUCAUGCGAAGUUUCGUGCUAUGACAAAUUACAAAGAGUGAAUUAGCAAUUGUUAAUUUUGCAUCAACAAUUAUUUAAACAAACUAUUAUGUAAUAAAUAAAUGAUAGCAUUAAUAUUAAUGUUUUGCAAAUUGAUAUAGAACAAAAACUGUCAUGUAGAUUCUUAGUAAAAUAUUAAUAAUCACUAAUUUAAUGUAAUACAUAAAAUAUAUAAUUAAUCCAAAGUCUUCCAAAAUAAGUAUUGAAAAUACUUAAAAAUAAAAAUACUAUAACAUAAAAAAAAUUAAUAAUUCAACGUCUUCCUAACAAUGUAAUUUAAAAAACAAUAAAAAAUUAAUAAUAUAACACUGUAUAACAUUGUUAUACGCAAUUUAAUUUAAAAUCUACUAAAAAACUAUAACUAUGCUGUCAUCUUUACAACAAAAAUUUCAAUCCGUCAUAACUCAAAAUUAUCAUGCUACUGCGAAGCCUAAAAAGCGUCGUAAAAGACGUAAGAAGUCACAUAGAAAUGAGGCUUGUUCAUCAUCUUUGUCCACUUCAACAACCACUCAAGUCUUAAAACACAAAACGAUAGCAAAAACUAAACAAUAUUUUCAGCAUGAUAACCGUUUGGGGCUGAAGGAAACAAAAAUGAAACAAACUUUGUUCUCUGCCUCUUCUACUUUCAACAAAUACACUGAAAGUGAUAUACUUUACGGCGAAGUUGCCAAGAAAUUUAAACCCUUAAAUACUAAAACAAGUAAAAAAAAAUCUCAAAAGUCUAUGAAAGCUUUUCCGAAGUAUCAUACUCAGAGAAAACUAAAUGCAGGUCAGAAAAUAAAAAUGAGCAUGCCUUUCAAAACAACGCUUUCCAAUUACAUCAGCAACCCUAACAUUAACAAAUCACCGACUCUUGCUCUUUCACAACCACAAUAUUGCACAUGUUCUUGUCAAGAUAAAAAAAGGAAAUUAUAUAAUAACAAUAAAUACUUAAAAUCAAAAAGAGCUGCAAUUUGCGAUGAUAAUAAAAAUGUAUUUACAUGUUCUACUGCUAACCCCACUGCUACUGCAUCCGGCACGUCCCAUUUAGCAAUAAUUGAAAAUAGUGUUCCAAAAAUUCUUGAAUUCUUACAAAAUCAAACACCAAAUUUGCUUUUGGAGACACUAUUAAAUAAUGCUAAACUGGAAGAAUAUAUGGAGAAACAUAAAAGGUACAACAAAAUUAUUUUAUUAUACGGAAUUAAUUUACCUUUCCAAUGACAUUUUGUGAAAUAGCUUCAAAUUAUAAAGAGUUCAUAAUCUUAAUGUAAAUCAUAUAUUUCUUUAUAGGAAAUGUUCAUAACUAUAUAAAAUAAAUAUAAUUUUAUUUCAUAAAAACUAAAUAUAAUUUUUACCACUUUCUAAUGAUACAGAAAUAUCGAAAACUUAAGAUAAAAUACAAUAUUUCUUUAAAAUGUUGCAGGUUAUUAUGUAUUGAAAAAUUUUAUAAAUUUCCCGGGAAUUCCAGGUAAUAAAUAUUUUUUUUAAAUCAAUUCCCGGGAAUGAAAAAA